CCGCCUUGCUCCUCCUCGCCGCUUCUCCCCCCUCGGCGCCCCCGCUUGGAGCUCCUCCUCGCCCCUGCUCCCCGCUCGGUUGCUUGGAUUUGGGAUUGAUUUGGGAAAGAAGCAGCUCAGCUCAAUGACAUGUGGGGCCUCUAUGAAUUGGUGGAUAUGGGUAUCCAGUUUUGGGUUUGCUGGGAAAGUUGAUGCCAAUUUGGAUACCCAUAUUUUCUCUCUCCCUGUUCAUGAUGGAUUUGGGUAUUCAAAAUAUGGGUGUUGGAGAUACUCUAAACACGCUGCAGAGAACCAACGACAGCAGUCACUAGACACCAACGGCCAGGAUAGACACACGUUGAGGCAUGGAAAGGGCAUCAAUUCUCCCACGCAUAGAGGUGUAGGGAUUUGCAAUAUUCCUAAUAGUUACUCUUCCUAAUAUUAUUUCCAUUCUUUGAAAAUGACCAUGGUUUGAGAAGAGUCCGGUUUGGCGGUGGGCUUCGUAGGGCCACAGGCGGCCCACGCAAAGUCUCUCUCGUAUCAAAAAGGUCGAAGUGGGUGGGUCAAAUCUCCCCGUAUUGUCGCCGCCGGGAACACGGUCGUACGAUCCACAAAACAAUGGCGAUCGUGACGGCGGCUGUAUCGCCGGAGCUGCCGCAGGACAUCUUGAUGGACAUCUUCGCCCUGCUCGAGAUCCCCGACCUCGUCCGCGCCGGCUCUCUCUCCCUCUGGCGCUCCGCCAGCACCACCCUACGCGACCUCGGGAGAUCCAAACAGUCGCAGACGCCAUGCCUGCUCUACACUUCAGAACUUGCUGGCGAGAGCGUCGCCUGCCUCUAUAGCCUAGCAGAGAAGAGGGUCUACAAGCUAACCCUGCCAGAUCCACCCAUCCGCAGCAGGUUGCUGAUUGGAUCCUGUCAGGGCUUGCUAGUUACUGUCGACGAGAGAUCCGAGAUGCAGAUCGUCAAUCCAGUUACCGGCGAACAGGUCGAUGUCCCUUCAGUGAUCACCAUCGAGCAGGUUAAGCCCAUCUACGAUGAUUCUGAUGCUAUCGCCGAGUAUCUCUACUCACGGCACACUGCAAAAGAGGUAUCAGUCCCCAAAAUUGUUGCUCUCGACGAGCUGCGGGAGGUGCUUCACUAUAAGGCUUUUGUGUUUCCAGAUACGGCCGCUGGACGCUACAUUGCGGUGCUCUUCUACAAUCCGCAUCGUCAGCUCUCGUUUGCGAGGGUCGGCGAUGAUAGUCGUUGGACCUGGCUGCCGCCACGCUUACACUACGAGGACUGCGUCUACAAGGAUGGACAGUUGUAUGCUGUGAACUAUGAUGGAGAAAUUGAUGUCUAUGAUCUCAGUGGGCCUGCGGUCCCGAUGAAGAAGGUUUUGGGGAUGACUGAUGCAAUAACGUACAGCUGCAUGUACAUUGUACAAGCUCCAUGGGGCGGUCUUCUGCAAGUUUGGAGAUCAUAUGAGGAUUAUGAGUUAGAACCUGAGCCUGGGGAAAUUGUGUUUUGGAACACUGGCAAAUUUGAAAUUUAUGAAAUUGACACUGCAGGGGGGAAACGUGAGAAAGUCAAAUGCUUGCGUGACCAUGCUCUGUUUCUUGGGCAUAAUCAAUCACUUUGUCUCAGUGCUGUAGAAUAUCCGGCUCUCAAGGCAAACCAUGCAUACUUUACUGAUGAUAGUUAUUUCUGGACAAUUGGAUACGAGAAUAAUGGCCGUGAUAUGGGAAUUCUCAGCUUGAAUAAUGGCAUCAAGGAGGAACUUGUGUCACCUCAGCUUUGGUCCGACUUUCCGGCUCCGGUGUGGAUUACGCUCAAUCUUAGAAUGAUGAACUCGGCUCUCAAUAAAUAGGAGUGAGUUUUUCUAUGUUUACUGAUUUUGCAACGAUGUACUUUGGGUUUGGCAAAAUACAGCAGGUUAACUAUUGGAAUUAAUGUUAGUUUCUUUCAAUCGCUGUACCUGUCGAAAAAUAUAAAAUGUACUUGCUUGCUGA